AAAACUACAAAGCCGUCAGUUGUGGCGCAUGCGUGAAACGUUUGAAGGGGGUCGAAAAAGCGCAUCCUGGAUUAUCCAUUCCUGCGGUUGUCGACGGAAACGAAGAAAGUUGGAAAUCAGGAUGACAGAUAAGGUGAACAACUUUCCUCCGCUGCCCAAGUUUCUAAGGAUAAAGCCAUGCUUUUACCAGAAUAUUGAAGAGGAAAUUCCUGCACCUCAUCAGCAGCUGGUCCGCAGAGUUUACAUGCUUUGGAUGAUGUAUUCAGGCACACUGUUCUUAAAUGUGAUCUCCUGUAUUGCAUGGUGGGCAGGAGGUGGACAGGCCACAAACUUUGGUUUCUCCCUGCUCUGGCUCUUACUCUUUAGUCCCUGUAGUUACACGUGUUGGUUCAGACCACUCUACAAAGCUUUCAGGGCUGACAGCUCCUUCAACUUCAUGGCCUUCUUCUUCAUCUUUUUCCUUCAGUGUGUCUUGACCCUCAUCCAGGCUUUAGGCAUCUCGGGUUGGGGAGCAUGCGGCUGGAUUGCCACAGUGACCUUUUUCAGCUACAAUGUGGCCUCGGCUAUAGUGAUGCUAAUUACAACCCUGCUCUUCACUGUGAUGACUGUUUUAAUGGCACUGGUUCUCAUUAAGGUGCACAGACUCUACCGAGGAGGCGGCGGUAGUAUGCAGCGCGCUCAGGAAGAGUGGAACACUGGAAUGUGGAAAAAUGCAUCGGCGAGGGAAACGGGGUUCAAUGCUGUUGGUCAGACAGCCCAGGGUCCGAGUCUGCCUCAGUACGCUGCUGCCGUCCCGAGUUACCCUGACAACAGCCAGUGGUGAUGACCAAGACCCUCCUCUAGGUGGAGACAGAUGAUGGCUUCCAAAGAGCACCUGAAAACACAAUUCACCAUAAAUUACAAACUACAAGAUGUUUUUCUUUCUUUGUUUUAUUAGAAAAGGCUGACCGCUGUAAAAAGAUUUCGAUAAGAGUUUUAUCACUAAAGCUUCCUGAAACUUCUCUUUAAAUCCAUUUGAACUUUGUUUACAUAAAAAAAUCAAAUUCUCAUUUAUAAUCAAAUAUGUAUUUGUUUUAAAGGUUUAACCCACUGCAGAUAUGAGUUAAGAAUGUGAAGGCUUGCGUUUAAGGAGCAGUGUAAAGAACGUGUGCCUUAUGAACCUUUGAUGGAAUGGUUUUGUGUACUUUUAUGUGUUGACGUAGCUGCAUGCUACCUGUUGUAGUAUGAUGAAUACUCGCUGCUUGUAUCUGGACUUAUUCCAUGAACUUAAGUAGAACUCCAGUUUAUUUUUGCUAUUUUGUGCCUAACAUUUCCAUGCUUGCUUCUGCUUUCUUGCGAUGGACCUUAUUAUUGCAGAUUUUGCAUGAAAGGACAGUGUCUUGUUUUACUUGCGCCUUAACAAAAGCUGCUUGUUUUGUUAAAUGUUAAACUGGACUGACGCUUCAGGGAAAAGGCUCGCCUGUUUGGUUUUCUCACUGAGCACUGAUCUGCCAAACACCAACCUCUUCAUUAUUUUUAUGUUACAGAAAGUCAGAGAAUUUGUGUUCAGCCUCUGCUGUUCCACAGUAACUCCGUUUUCAGAGGGCAGCAUCUGCAUGAGAGCAUCUUAUCAGCUGUUGCAAAUGUUCUCAGCAACAGAUCGACUGAACAUGUUUAAUGAUUACUGUAAGCUUGCAUGAAACUCCUGGGGGAAUUUGGGUAUUGAAUUAUUGUCAUUUUUCUAAUGAACUGACCUCCACCAGUGGUCACAAAAGACAAUUGAGCCUAUUCUUGUGUCUGUAGGUAACUAAACAUGUUGAGCCUGCCAAAUUUUGCUUCAAAGAAAGAAAACAGUGCGUGCCUCAAGGAUUUAUCUUUACAGAAGUGUCCUUCACGGCCAACUGCCAAAUGAGAUGUUUGAAAAUUUCUGUGUUUGGUUAGUUAAAAUCAAGUGGAUGUUUAAGUAACCUUUAAAUGUUGCAACAUUUCAAUAAAUAUUCGUAUUCACA